AUGACGGCAAAGCACGAGCAGAUGACUGCGGCUGAUGAGGAGCGCGCUCAGACGCAGCAGGCAAUCAAGGAUUCUCGGGAGACCAUGGGUGAGGACAUUGCGUUCGCCAAGGACGUGAAGGAGAAGUGCGCCAAGAAGGGCAAGGAGUGGGAGAAGCGCCAGAAGACCCGCGCCGACGAGACUCAGUCCGUAGCCAAGGCGAUCGAAGUUCUGAGCGACGAUGCCUCCCAUGAGGUCUUCGGCAAGACCUUCUCUUUUCUCCAGGUCGGCACCCGGGAUGCCAAUGCACGUGCCACGCGUGCCGCAGAGACUCUGACCACUGUUGGUAAGAAGUUGGACCAGCGCCUGGUGACCCUCGGACUCGAGGCGAAGAUCGACGGCUUCAGCAAGGUCCAGGGCAAGAUUGACACUCUCAUCGCUAACUUAAAGAAAGAGCAGGCUGAUGAGGUCGAGAAGAAGGACUACUGCAUCGCUCAGUUUCAGAAGAACAAGUUGACGACCGACAAGAAGACCAGCAUUGCAAAGAAGCUGGGCGCCAAAGCCGAGGAGCAAAAGAUGAAGAUGCAGAAGGCAUCCGAAGCCAUGGAUGCCCUGAAGAGCGACAUUGAGGAGCUCAAGAAGCAACAGACCCUGGUGUCGCAGAAUCGGGAGAAGGAGAACGCCGAAUUCCAGAAGGUCGUCAAGGAGCAGCGGCUGACCCAAGACCUGCUGAAGAAGGCGCUGGAUAGCCUCGCAGCUUUCUACAACAAGGCUGGGGCCGAAACCGGCUCUUUCCUGCAGAAGGCCAAGGCGAAUCCAGAGGAGCCGGAGACCUUCCGAAGCUACCAAAAGAGCUCCAGCAGCAACGGCGUCAUGCUGAUGCUGCAGCAGCUCGUGGCUGACGCCAAGGAGAUGGAGACCGAGGCGACAGCGGCAGAAGCCGAGUCCCAAGCGGACUACGAGGCCUUUACCAAGGACAUGACUGCCGACCUCGAGAAGAAGACCAAGACCAUUGCAGACAAGGCCGACUUCUCGGCCAAGUCUGAGGAGGAAUUCCUAGAGGCGAAGCAGUCGAAGAAAGGCGUGGAGAAGGAGCUCGAUACCUUGGCCGGCACGAAGCUCGAUCUCCACGAAAGCUGCGACUGGGCGAUGCAGAAUUUCGAUGCGCGGCAGAAGGCCAGGGUCGAGGAGAUGGAUGCCCUGAACACCGCCAAAGCCUACCUGUCCGGGGCGAAGCUGUAG